AUGGAAAGGAAACGGACGACAGAAAAGCUGGACAAGAUUAGUCUGACUGCUCGUUCCACUUUUUAUUGUUUCGAUGAACUUCCGGAUAUACCUGCAAUCAAGGUGUACGAGCGUAUCAAUGCACCUACCGCUUCGAAGUCUCCAGUUCCUUUCGGCAAAAAACACUCCAUUGUGUCCGUUGGCUCGAAAAAGAGCACGGUUUCAAUGGUCGGCGGAUUCAACUAUUUAUCAGGCGGCAGCCCUAGCCCUCGCCCUCGUUCGAAAUCGAUCUCAACUGACCGCUAUCAACUAGAGCGGUCGAAGUCGUCAAAGGAUAUGACAGCCGAUGGUAAAGUGAAAGGGAAAUCUAAACUAAGACGCCGCCCUGGUAUGAAGAUCAAGUCCCGGAAAAAAGAAUCUGCCCAGUUUUACAUCGCUGCUGAUACAACUGUACCUAUCCAUCUGCCGGAAAGUGAGAUGUUUCAACACUUUUCUGGAAUGCCUCCUGACCCUGAUGUGAUGAUGGAAGGCUAUUUGUAUAAACGUUCAUCAAAUGCCUUCAAAACCUGGAAUCGGCGAUGGUUUCAGAUAAAGGAUAACAAGCUGCUGUACUCUCAUCGCACCGCAGAGUCAGAAGAACCUACUGUAAUGGAAGAAAAUUUGAUGUUGUGUCUUGUUCGUCCUGCUCCGCCGUCAAUCGACCGUGUCGGCUGUUUCGAACUGGUGACACCCACACGGUAUGUUUCACGCAUUUAUCAUCAAGAGAAAUCGCUUUUUUACACUCUGACUAUUAUUUUCAUUCGAAUCGAAUUUUGA